AUGCUCACUUUAGCUGAAGUAUGCCCUUUUUUAAAACCCCGAAAUAAUGUUCUUCAUGGUUUUUGUUUCAAAAUUUAUCAUAUUCCUUGUCGUUAUUAUGGCACAAAAAUUAAGUAUUCCACUUCAAAAUCAAAAAUUCCGUAUAAAAAACCUAAAAUUCUUAUUAAUAACGCAAAUAAUAAAACAUAUGAUGUAACCCAUAAACUUUUGCCUUUACCUAUUCCGUUGGGCAAAACUAUUCUUCAAGAAAAGAAAGAAAAGACGAAACGUUCCAAAGUUUCAAAUCGUCAACUUUUUAAGCAGAUUCAAGCACCUGACGAAACUUUUCGUGAAAUAACAACAUUGAACCUUGCCAAACCAAAGAGAUAUAGAAUUGGUAAAUAUGAUACAAAAGUUGCCAUUAUUGCAAAGAAAAAAUUAGAAGCAAAAUUAGGAAAUGCGGAACGUGAAAAAGAAGAAUAUUUGGAGUUGCCUCAUCUAAGUUUUUUUGCGGGUGCCAAAGUUCCAUCUUCAUUUCCACCUGAGAGAGUUUCAGAAAUAGCAUUUGUUGUGGUGAGAACAUCAGAUAAACCAGGUUUAACACAACAAAUUAAUUUUUAUGCUGCUGGAACUAUAUUUAAUUUGAUUGAUAUGCCUGGUUAUGGAUUUGCAUAUGUGAAUGAAGAGGAAAGAUUACAAUGGAAAAAUUUAGUCAGUUUAUUAUAA